CUCGCCCCGCAGAAGUUUGCCCGGCGCUUCCCAGCUGCCCGGUCCCGGGCUCGCGCCGCGCGGAGAGCCGCCGCCUCCUCCUGCUUCUGCCGCCGCCGCCUCCCCCUGCUUCUGCCGCCGCCCUGUUCUCUCGGGGUUCGUUGUCUGAGGGGACAGACGCUCCGCUUGCGGGAAGUUGAGGCGAACGAGGGCGAGUGCUGAGGAGCCGCGGAGGGCGCCGUUCCUGUGACAGCGUUGAGUCCCGACGCCGGGCGCGCGCGGGGCCCCGGCCUCGGCCCGGGCGAACCUCGCCCACCUCCCCGCGGCCGCCGGGCGGGCGGCGGGCGGGCGAUGCGGCCGCCGAGUCCCGCGGCGGCGUCGACCAGGAGGGCGCCCCGGAGGGUCUAGAAGAGAGCUUGUUUCUGCCCCUUGGAGACGGGAGCAUGGAGUCGUGAGCGCUCCCCUUCCCCCGCACUCCGCUCCCCCGGCCGGCGAGGCCGCCGCCGCCGCCGCCCCCCCGGGCAAACUCCCCAUGGCCGGGACGUACAGCUCCACUCUGAAGACGCUGGAGGACUUGACCUUGGACUCCGGCUAUGGGGCCGGGGACUCGUGCCGCUCCCUCAGCCUCUCGUCCUCCAAGUCCAACUCGCAGGCGCUCAACUCUUCCUCGGCGCCGCCGCAGCCCCGCGGGGCGGCGGCCUGGUGGUGCUACUCGGGCUCCAUGAACAGCCGCCACAACAGCUGGGACACGGUGAACACGGUGCUGCCCGAGGACCCCGAGGUGGCCGACCUCUUCUCGCGCUGCCCGCGCCUCCCCGAGCUGGAGGAGUUCCCCUGGACCGAGGCGGACGUGGCCCGGGUGCUGCGCAAAGGCCGGCGGCCGGCCCUCUUGUCGGCCGAGGCGGUGCGGCGCCUGGCGGGGCUCCUGCGCCGGGCGCUCAUCCGCGUGGCCCGCGAGGCGCAGCGGCUGAGCGUGCUGCACGCCAAGUGCACCCGCUUCGAGGUGCAGAGCGCCGUGCGCCUGGUGCACAGCUGGGCGCUGGCGGAGAGCUGCGCGCUGGCCGCCGUGCAGGCGCUGUCCCUGUACAGCAUGAGCGCGGGCGACGGGCUGCGCCGCGGCAAGUCGGCGCGCUGCGGCCUCACCUUCUCCGUGGGCCGCUUCUUCCGCUGGAUGGUGGACACGCGCAUCUCGGUGCGCAUCCACGAGUACGCGGCCAUCUCGCUGACGGCGUGCAUGGAGAACCUGGUGGAGGAGAUCCGGGCCCGCGUGCAGGCCAGCCAGAGCCCCGACGGGGGAGGGGCCGGCGGCGGCGGCGGGGAGGUGUCCGCCGAGGCCCUGGAGAUGGUCAUCAACAACGACGCGGAGCUCUGGGGCGUCCUGCAGCCCUACGAGCACCUCAUCUGCGGCAAGAACGCCAACGGUGUCCUCUCCCUCCCGGCCUACUUCAGCCCCUACAACGGCGGCGGCUCCCUGGCCCAGGACGAGCGCGCCGACGCCUACGCGCAGCUGGAGCUCCGCACCCUGGAGCAGUCCCUCCUGGCCACCUGCGUGGGGAGCAUCUCCGAGCUGAGUGACCUGGUGUCCAGAGCCAUGCACCACAUGCAGGGGCGCCGCCUCCUGUGUCCCGGCUCCAGCCCUGCCCGGCAGGCCCGCCAGCCGCCCCAGCCCAUCACCUGGUCCCCCGACGCCCUCCACACUCUCUACUACUUCCUGCGGUGCCCACAGAUGGAGUCCAUGGAGAACCCCAACCUGGAACCCCCGAGAAUGGCCCUGAACAAUGAGCGGCCCUUCAUGCUGCUGCCGCCUCUGAUGGAGUGGAUGCGCGUGGCCGUCACCUACGCGGAGCACCGGCGAAGCCUCACCGUGGACAGCGGUGACCUCCGGCAGGCCGCCCGGCUGCUGCUGCCCGGCCUGGACUGCGAGCCCCGGCAGCUCAAACCAGAGUGCUGCUUCAGCUCCUUCCGGCGGCUGGAUGCCCGCGCGGCUACCGAGAAGUUCAGCCAGGACCUGGGCUUCCGCAUGCUCAACUGCGGGAGGACGGACCUCAUCCACCAGGCGAUCGCGGCCCUGGGCCCCGACGGCGUCAACACCAUGGACGACCAGGGGAUGACGCCGCUGAUGUACGCCUGUGCGGCUGGGGACGAAGCCAUGGUCCAGAUGCUGAUCGACGCGGGAGCAAACUUGGACAUCCAGGUUCCUAGCAACUCUCCCAGGCACCCCUCCAUUCACCCCGACAGCCGGCACUGGACGGCGCUGACAUUCGCUGUGCUGCACGGACACAUCUCUGUGGUCCAGUUGCUGCUGGACGCCGGUGCCCACGUGGAGGGCUCGGCGGUGAACAGCGGCGAGGACAGCUACGCGGAGACGCCCCUGCAGCUCGCCUCUGCGGCUGGGAACUACGAGCUGGUCAGCCUGUUGCUGAGCCGCGGCGCCGACCCCCUCCUCAGCGUGCUCGAGGCCAACGGCAUGGCCUCCUCCCUCCAUGAGGACAUGAACUGCUUCAGCUACUCGGCGGCCCACGGCCACAGGAACGUCCUGCGGAAGCUCCUGACGCAGCCGCAGCAGGCCAAGGCGGACGUGCUGUCCCUGGAGGAGAUCCUGGCCGAGGGCGUGGAGGAAAGCGAUGCGUCCAGCCAGGGCAGCGGCGGCGAGGGGCCCGUGCGGCUGAGCCGGACCCGCACGAAGGCCCUGCAGGAGGCCAUGUACUACAGCGCGGAGCACGGCUACGUGGACAUCACCAUGGAGCUGAGGGCGCUGGGCGUCCCCUGGAAGCUGCACGUGUGGAUCGAGUCGCUGAGGACCUCCUUCUCGCAGUCGCGGUACUCCGUGGUGCAGAGCCUCCUGCGGGACUUCGGCUCCCUCAAGGAGGAGGAGUACAACGAGGAGCUGGUCACCGAGGGCCUGCAGCUCAUGUUCACCAUCCUCAAGACCAGCAAGAACGACUCGGUCAUCCAGCAGCUGGCCGCCAUCUUCACGCACUGCUACGGCAACAGCCCCAUUCCCAGCAUCCCUGAGAUCCGCAAGACCCUGCCCGCCCGACUAGACCCCCACUUUCUGAACAACAAGGAGAUGUCGGAUGUGACCUUCCUCGUGGAGGGCAAGCUGUUCUAUGCACAUAAAGUCCUGCUGGUGACGGCGUCCAACAGGUUCAAGACGCUGAUGACCAAUAAAUCAGAACAAGAUGGCGACAGCAGCAAAACUAUCGAGAUCAGCGACAUGAAGUACCACAUCUUCCAGAUGAUGAUGCAGUAUCUGUACCACGGAGGGACGGAAUCCAUGCACAUCCCCACCGCCGACAUCCUGGAGCUGCUGUCGGCUGCCAGCCUGUUCCAGCUGGACGCCCUGCAGAGGCACUGCGAGAUCCUGUGCUCCCAGACCCUCAGCGUGGAGAGCGCCGUCAACACCUACAAGUACGCCAAGAUCCACAACGCCCCGGAGCUGGCCCUGUUCUGCGAGGGCUUCUUCCUGAAGCACAUGAAGGCCCUGCUGGAGCAGGACUCCUUCCGGCAGCUCAUCUACGGCCGCAGCAGCAAGGUGCAGGGCCUGGACCCGCUGCAGGACCUGCAGAGCACGCUGGCCGAGCGCGUGCACUCCGUCUACAUCACCUCCCGCGUGUGAGGCGGGUGGGGAAGGUGGGAGCACUGGACCACAGUGUAGCCAGAGCCCCCCUGCGGGGCUGGUUCUAGGACCUCUCGGAGCCAGGCACACGGAGCUGUUUCUCCUCCCCCAGAC